GUUUUUCCCUCGUUGAAAUUUUGUUUCCCCGCUCGAAGUUCACCCAAAACAGGAACCCUAGAAGAAACACAUUAAUUCAAUCCAUUCUCUGUAUCCAUCGGAGAAGAGAAGAAGGCACUCACAACUCCACGGCGCCAACAACGAGAAUGUCUGAUUCUAAAGAAGAAAGCUUGAUGAUUCUGGAAAAUAUGAAGAAAAAAAGGCAUUGUGAUCAUCAAAAUGAAGACAGGCUCACUGACUUACCCGACGGUGUUUUGCUUCACAUUUUGUCAUUUUUGAAAACCAAACACGUCGUUCAAACUUGCGUUUUGUCUAAGAGAUGGAAAAAUUUGUGGAAACGUAUUUCGACUCUUAUGUUGCAUUCCACUAAUUUUUCCACUGUGAAGCGUUUUGCCACAUUUGUGUCUAAGGUUUUGAAUUUUCGUGAUACCUCAACUGCACUGAACGCUCUUGAUCUUUACCGUCAUGGUGAUAUUGAGCCUCAUCUACUUAAAAAGAUUUUAAACUAUGUUUCCUCCCAUAAUACUCACAUCCAGAAAUUAGGAAUCUCUGUCAAUGGUGAUAGUGGUAUCAUUAUGAGUUGUGUUUCUUCAUGUCAUGCUCUUACAUCUCUUAAGCUUUCACUUUACCCUAGAGGUAGUAAUGGUAAUCAUACACCAAUAUUAUUUCCAAAAUCUUUGAAUUUGCCUUCAUUGACCAGCUUAAAUCUAACAAAUUUCGCCUUUUGCGGUGCUAAAAGCAAUUGUGUUGAGCCCUUUUUCACCUUUACUAAGUUGAAUAGUUUGGUCAUACGUAGUUGUAAGGUAAAGGAUGCUCAAAUCCUCAGCAUAUCAAGUGAGACACUUGUCAAUUUAGCUAUUGAAUAUCCUUUGGAAAAAAUGAAUUUAGCUAUACAAACUGAUUAUUCUUCCAACUUUGCCGAAAUCAAGUUAUCUACUCCAAAUCUUUAUACCUUCAGUUUUACCGGUGACCUUAUUCAGAAAAUAUGUCGGAGCGGACUUUCUUCUGUUAAACAAGUAAAUAUUGAUGAUUCACGACAAGAUGAUGCUUCGGUGGAGCAUGGUUUGGUUAUAUUCAACUGGCUGCUUGACUUUGCCAAUGUUGAAUCAAUGACAGUGACUUCAACUACUCUUCAGAUUCUCUCCUUAGUUCCUGAUUUAUUAGAGGUUAAGCUCCCUUCUUUAUGUAACUUGAAGUCAUUGGAAGUAGAAUUGACACCACUUGAUGAGGGAUAUUUAUCCCAAACAAUCAAAGAUGCCAUGUUAAAGAAAGCUGCUGCCAAGUCUGAUGAAGAAUUUUUUAAGUUAAUAAAGGCAUUUAACGCACGUAUAGAGCUACCUCCCAUACCUGAUGGAAUAGUUGACUUCUUGCGACAAAACUCGCCGUCGGCACAAGUUACCUACACAACAGAAUUCCCACAUCGUUUUCAUCUUAUGGAGGUUGAAGAAUCUGACUCUGCUGCAUCUCCCAAUCUUUAUGGUUGAGCUGAAAAGGAUGAUAAAUCAUCACAUGAAGAUAAGGUGGAGAAGCACCAACCUAACUCCACCUCUCCACUUCUUGAUAAUGGGCAGUGAAGAGUUCUCAGUUUGGCUGACUUACUAAAACAUGUUUUUUGAUUUGACAAUCAUGACCUCUUCAUCUAGCUGAAAUUCUCCAGUUUGAAAGCCAAAAAGUAUUAUUCUUAUGAGCUGUGAUAUUUCAAUACUGUUUUCCAAACACAUAUUUGACAUCGUAGAUAAAUUGAGUCUGUAUUGGAUACUAAAUUGUAAUGGACAAAUCCUAUACUCUGCCACUCGUAUGUAUGCUUGUACCUGUAUGAACAAGUGUCUUUUGUUUAUGGGUGCUUUCAUGAAUAGACCUCGUUUAUCGAUGACUUUUGGUUUUAUGGAUGGUGUGACUGAUUGUAAUAGUGUCAUUACUCAGGUUUAAACAACUUGGAGUUGGUUUGUGUUAUGAGAUGGUAAAUCAAGGGUGCUUCAUUUUAGGGACCAAUCUAGCGUGAGAGAGUUUGAUAGGUCUCGUACUAUGGGUGAGUAUUUUUUAUUUUUUUU